GCGACGUGCCCAUAAAUAGUCCAUCAGCUGAGUGGUAAUCACAUGAGUUCAAUUCGAGCAAAUUGAGUGGUUUUGUGUCGUGCUACAAUGGACGGGUUUCUGAAAGUGACAAACCCAGAUUUGCCGAGUUCGCCCUCGAAUUCGUUUAUUGCGGACGAGGUGGCGUCGAUUUGUCCUUUGAUAACACCGUCGCCCCCAACCAACGACCUUAUUAACCCUUUGCCGGAGUCAAACGAGCCCAAUUACCAAAUCGGGGAGGAAUUGGCGACGAUUUUGCAACAACAUGUGCAAGAUGAGGAUAAAUGUGCGGGGGAUUCGGCGUCCUCGAGUUCGUCGGCUUUAGCUGAACCAGCCUGUACCCAAUUGCUCAAUCACAGGAAUAGUGCUUAUCACCAUAUUACCAAAGACGAAAAUUCAGCAAUCGAGGAAACGGCUGGUAAAGUCCAACCCCUCCAACUAACUUUUCGCAACCCUCCUGAAAACUACUUUUUCAUGUCAUGGAACUGGCCCCUGAUUCGAAAAGUCUCCCUCGGCAUGUUUUUAUCAGGUCUCGUCGCAAUGCUGGCCCUCGUAAUAAUGAUGAUCUCAACCCUACCAAAAACCUGUGACCCAUACACUGAAUGGUACCAAGGAAAUGUCUUCUAYGAGGUUUUCCCAGCCAGUUUUUAUGCCAGUGACAGGAACCACAUGUAUGGCGAUUUCAAAGGAAUCGCACUCAAAAGUGGUUACUUGAAAUCACUAGGAGUGAGAGCAAUCCGUCUCAAUUCGAUUUUUAAAACACCGAAUUAUCCAGAUGAUUACAAAAAUGUGACAAGUUUGGUCGAAAUUGCCCCACAGUUGGGCACAAUUGAGGAUUUGGAGAAAAUGGUCAAGGAGUACUUGAAACCGAAAAAUAUUUCACUCAUUCUUGAUUUACCAGUGUUUCCGGUUUUGAAACAACUCACUCGGAAGAAAAGCGAGGUGAAUUCAACCAAUCAGGAACCAUCGGUUGAGUUUUUGAAACAGGAACCAAUGGGGGAGGAUCUAAUAGAGCAGGCUUUACUCCAUUGGACCAAUCACGGAGUUGAGGGUUUUUAYCUUAAAGGGUUGGAGUAUUUUAUCGAUGACCCUCACUUGGGGCACUCUUUACGCCGCUGGAAAAACAUAUUAGGGCCUGAACGGCCCUUAAUUAUUAGCGAAGCUGUAAUUAAUAUGGCUCCCAAAAACACAAUUAAUUUAAUUCUGAAUAGUGUUGACUUGGUUGAUGUCCGACUCGAAAUAGAAAAGGGGCUUCGUACUGUCACUAAACAAAUCGAAUCUGUCCAAAACGGGACACUUUUCUCUCGCAGAGGCCUCCCGUGGGUCCACUGGAGCCUCGGUGAUGAGUCCCUCCCAACUCGCCUCGCCAAUAUCCUCCCAUAUGCCAACGCGACAUUGGGGGCAACCCUCCUCCAAUUGAUGCUCCCGGGGACUCCUUGCAUCUUCUACGGGAACGAAAUCGGCCUCCAACAAAUCUCGGACCCUGAAGGUGACCGCAACGACCAGAAACACCUCCACCACUUCACUUUCAUGGCUUGGGAGGAGAGGAAAUCCAGUCAGGUUUUACCAUGGAUGCAUGGAGAAAGGGCAAUUUCUGAUUUCAGUCAGGCCAAGUCUGUGGCCGAUAUGAUCGAGUUGAGGGCUAAAUCGCCGGCGAUUUUCUAUAACUCUCAUUUUAGAGAAGGGGAGAGUAAGGCGAAUUCGGAGGUGAUUUACGCAAGAGAAAAUUUGUUAGUGAUACAGAGGUGGYAUCCCAGAAGGAAGAGUUUCGUGGUGGUGAGUAAUCUAGGAAAUGCGACGAUUACUCAGGAUUUGUCCACGCUGUUGUACAGUGGGAUUGUGGUGAUUGGGCCGAAGACGGAUUCUAAAUCGGGGAGCAUUUCGUUCAAGGAUCUUUCAUUGUGGCCGGGAGAGUCGGUCGUUAUUGAACUUAUGUAACUUUUUUUGGAAAGAAAUUGUAUCGCUUUGUGUAUUUUUCUGUGAUAAAUGGAUAAAUCAUUGAUUUUUCUAGUUACUCAAUCAUUUGUUAUCAAGUUAAUGGAAAUAUUAAUAAAAUUAGUGUAUAUUCUCUGUG